AUGAAGAAAAGACUGAUAAGUACCGAUGAAGAAAAGAAAUAUAUUUACAAAAUAAUAAAUCCAGACAAUCUCUUUUGCGAUUCCAUCAAUGAGGAAAUGACUUAUUCUAAAGAGCAUGGCUGUUUAACAGUGGAUUCUAUUGAGACUCCAAACUGUAUAUUUAGAUACUGCAAAAGAUCCAAUAGAAGCUUUAGGGGAAAGAACAACAAAAUUCAGGCAGAGAAGGAAAAAGCCAACUCAUCAGUCUUCAAUCUCAUUAAUGUGAUAGACCCUACAAUUUUUAUUGAGUUUCCAUCAUCAUCAGUUUCUAUACAGAACCAUUUAAUAUCUGUUGUGCAAACACUUAUAAGCAAAACACAACUAGAAGGGAAAGAACUAGAGAGGGUCAAACAAGCAUUGUACUUGUUACACACUUGUCAAAGGCCAGAAUUAAGAGAUUCAAACGAUUUUUGGGAAAAUGAGGAGAGAGACUGA